AUGCAUUCUACCGGAAAUUUUCCGUUCUUUCAGGCCGGCUCCAGGCAACGCUUAAUGCAACAAAAAGACCUCGACUUUGUGGGACACAAGCAAGAACUAGAACAGAUUAAGCUGUCACAGGACUCUGUCUCUUUCGACCUUGACGAAUGGCUGGCGGCCAGUCUGCCUGGCUCUUUGGCUUCUGCCCAGAAGAUACCAUUUCUCCAGUCGGGCCGAGAGGUUGAAGCGCCUUCUACUUCAUGCUCCCCGUCCUCCCAGCAACUGGUGCCACAUUCGCCACGAUCCCCGUACCACCAGCCACCCGGUCACUUGGAGCCGGCGCAAACUCGUCCAUUCAAUGAAUCCGCGCUACGAUACGACGAAAGCGCCUUUUCACAGCCGUCAACGCCCGGCGGCAGCGUCAAGAAGCGCUCCGCCAAUUUUGGAUGCUGCCCGGAACCACGAAGGCCAAGGAGCAUUCGAAGUGUCAGGAGGACUGUCGUCUCGGCGACCAGUUUAUCCUUGUCCUCGUCCGCCGGUUGCCAAGCCCCCGGCAAUACAACAAGCCGAGGCCUUGGCGAGCUAGAGAGUGGGCUUCCCGAAGGGGGCAGUGAUAAGCGGUUUCUUUUGGCAAAGCAGACUGGCGAACUUGUGAAAUAG